AUGUCGAAACGAAACACUCUGAGUUGGUUUUUGAAAGAACAAUAUUGGGAAGAUCUAUCUAUUAAUGAAAAGAUUGAAGCAAGUAUUGCUUGUUGUCGUAGUGGGCUGGGUUUUGACGGUCGGUGCAUGCUAAUUCGUGAGAUUGCAACUACUAUUAAGCGAGAAUUGGAAGGUAUUAUGGCCAAUUUGAAGUUUCAGGACUUGGAAAAUGACGGAAGCCAAUCAAAUAUGACAAAGUCUGGCCAAAGUAUGAUUUAUGAUAGGAUGAAGGUUGAGGAAUAUAUUGGUAGAUUGGCUUCAUGGGCCGAUGCAACUGUGCUUAAGUAUAGUUAUAAGAUUGUGUGCAGUCCUGAUACGGCUUUGGGUUUGGUUUUGAUUUGUUUGGAGAUAAUUAAGACGGGCGUGGCCUUAGUGGAGGUGGGUCUUGAUGUUGGGUUAGUAUUGGGGUUAGCUUCGCCAUUUCUGGGUCUAGCUGCUUCGCUGUGUCAUUUGGUGGAGGGCCGGGUGAGUCUUGGGCUUAUGCAGGAAGUGGCCAGGCUUUGGCGGGAGUAUAAAGGUUCGGAAGUAAGACAGAUUGGCUUGAAUAUAGAAAGAAUAGGAUACGUUCUGUUGCAAGAUAAGGAAAUCAAAAUAAUGCCAUUUUUGGUUGAGCUUAUGCGGAUAAGACACUUGUCGGGGUUGCAUAAGUUGUUUAUUUAUGCUUUAGAGGGGGAAAUUGAUGAACUUGAUGGUUUAUUUGAACUUUUUCGUAUCUUUGGUCCUGAUGAGUUGGUUGAUAGUAUGCUUCAGGUGUGUAUUGAAGAUGCCUGUACGUUUGAUCUUUAUUUAGUGGUGUUUAUGUACUUGUACUAUUCUGGGCAGGACUACUCGCGGUUGUUACUGUGGUUGGUGCAUUGGUGUACGGACCAGAAGUAUAGUCUUACUUUGCAGAGUAGUGAGAAAGACUCUAAUGAGAAACGCGCACUUUGUAUCUUGACUCGGAUGCUAUACUUAUCGGAUGGGGUCGUUGAGAUAGAGAAAGAAGAGUUGUACUGGAGCACACGAUCCCUCUUAGUGAUCUUGCAUAGAACAUACUCUGAGAAGGAUGUGAUUAGAGCUAUGCAGUGUGGUACUGAUGAGUCCUUGUUUUUCUUUCAUGCCGUGGUGUUGAUUAAUCGGCAAGUUACCCUGAAGCACUUGUGUGUCUCUUUUGUCCUGGCUAAUCUGGCUAAAAUGCCUAUCUGUUUGUACAUUGCUCUUUUGUUUGACUUGCCGAUUGAAACUACCUUUGCGAACUCCAAGGAACAAGUCCUGUACUUAGUAUGUCGUAAUAAGAAAGAAGAACUGAAAGCACAUAUUCCACAGUUUAUUUCGGAUGGUCUAUUGGGAUUCUCGACCUUCUUAGAGAAGAGUCUUCCCGUGGUGGAGCUAUACUUCCCAAUCUUCUAUUCCGUGCGAAAGAUAGAUAUUGGCCAGGCCUUUGUAUUUCCCGAAAAAUGGCGGAUUCUUCCAACUAGGUCGAUAGAUAAGGAUAUUCUUGCUCCAGGCCGGUGGAUGAACGAUGACCGGAAGAACCUAGCCUGGAUGCUCUUUUUAGAAACAACAACUAACUUGCUUGCCGGCACUAAGGUGGCCUACACAACCAACUACAGUCUUGAACUUCUGCUGAGAGCGCCUAGAAUCACACGAGCUGUCUGUGCCUCUUCCUUUCCAACCAGAGAAGAGCAUAUUCUCCAACUAUGUCUUGAAACCACAAACCGAUCCCAGCAAUUAACCCAGUACGAACGCCUUAACCUUCACUCCGCCAUCUAUACCAUCGGCUGCCAAACGCAAAACCCGUCUCUGCAAAGCGAUAUCUUUGCUUAUCUUAAGAAGAACCUUUCCUUCCUCGAAUACCAUGCACUUGUUAGACCAGGCCCUAACUCAUCCAGACCUGCCAAUUUACUUGCUCAGCUGAUUCAGGAUGCCCUGCCCGUUUGUACGCCAAUCCGCCAGCAAGUCGAUAGUAUACCCAAGCGUAUUCAGAAGAAGAUAGACUACUUCGCCAAGGCCGCAACCCUUUCCCCGCGCAAUCUCUUUAUUCUCAAGACUUACUUUAAAUUGAACUAUCUCUCCUACGACCUACUUAAGAGCACAACUGAUAGGUAUUUUUCUCCAACCAGCAAACUAGCACAAUUACUUCCAAUCUACUACAAUGACUCAUUAGAAGAAACCAUCCCAGGCCCACCACUUGCACCCAACUCACUGCUUUAUAUCAUUGAUGCCUUUAUGCGCUCUCUCUUCCCAGAGAAGGUCUUUUUCUAUCGCUUUCUCUGUCGGGCUCUAGGCCAUACCCAGGCCCUAACCCAGCUAGAAGUCUGCGCUCUCAUCCAGGCCCUUGAAUACGCCCACGCUUAUCGCCGGAAAUGGUUUGGCUGGCUACACCUUCUUUUCAAUGAGUAUACGGUUGAGUUUACCCGUUCCCGUCAUGUUCUGAAGUUCCAAAGGCUUGGCCCCUUUUGUCGUGUCAAGCAGAUGAUUGCCUUGGCUAAAUGCCAGCAAAACCUCUUCACUGCCCAUUACAAUACGACUAACCCCGAAAAAUCAACGGCUGCCUAUUUUGCCGACUUAAUUCCAGUCACUAGCUCCAUCAAGGUCCUUCUUUACCUGGAACAAAUGCCCAAACCACCACACAAGCUUUUGGCUGAACUUCCUUGCCAAUCUUCGGUUUCCUUUAUUGAACUCUUCUAUUCUCACGACGCCAAGGUGUUUGCAACGUUCACUCCAGAUUAUGCCGAUUUCGCCCAAUUCUAUACCACUAGUCUCCAUCAUGCCGGUCUGUGCCCCGCCCGCUAUACUCAAAGUGAUCCUUUCUUACUCUUUUCCAGCCGGCAUCAGGAUAAUGGUGUGUUGGCCAAGCCGUUAUACAAAACAGAAGAGCCACCUCUUCCGUCUGUGGAGGAACUUCUUGAAGCCGCAACUAAACUCGAGCAGUGGAGUGAAGCCCUUGAUAAAACCGAAGCCAUGCAUUUUAUUCUGGCCAACUCUUUAAUCAUCAGUGGGCGCUCUGAUAACCGCUACAUUGACUUUUUGUUAGUAGAUGGCCCCAGCCAAAGAUACAAGUUCCUGCGCUCUUUAAACCCUACCGGUGUCUCUGGACGUACAUAUAAUGGUUCUGACCAGAUUGAGGAGGCACUUCAUAUGUGCACUCUUCCUCCCCAUCGCCUUAUCUUUGCCCUUGACGAGCGCCGGGUUCUCAACAGCAGUGCUCUCUGUCUAACUGUCUCCGCUCUAGAACACAAGUGGCUUAAUAAGUCAGCUGAAGCCUUCCUAUCAGGCAAUUCCAAUUGCCAACCCAUUAUUGCUGAUAUUAUCGCCCCACAUUAUACUAACCCAACCCGAGUUGAAUCUUGUACUAAUCCAAGCCAGAAACCUACUACUUUAGACGAACUAAACAACCUACCCUGUUCUGCCUCAAGCGAUACUACCAACCUAGCUAUCUAUCUUCUCCUACUGAAAAUCGAAGAAAGAAUCCUUCCCUCACCCAACCAACUCCAGCUACUAGAAAGAGUUCAAGGCUAUCUCGAAGCCCGAACUAAAAACAGUCAAAAGGAUCCAACCGCCCUCCUCUAUGCCAAAGCCGUCUCUAUCCACACCCUCUAUAUGGCCCAAGAGUGCAACAAACCGCCUAAACACGUACUUAAUAACUACAUUGAGAAGGCCACAACUGCUAAUUUUGGCUUCUACCACUACAAUGUCUUUUGUUCACUAGCCAAAGCCUGUUUAUUCAUCUUUAACUCCCAAACCAUCCAUCGCUCAGUCAAGAACAAGAAACCAAAACCCGACGGGCCUACCAAGCAUAAGUUCGUUCAAAAAGAGGAAACAGUUGUUCGCGAGCUAGAAGAAGAACGAACCAAAGAAGUCACUGAAAUUGAAACCAAAGCCCGCACCCUAGGCCUAAAACUUCUCAUUCGCGUAGCUGAAUUUCACAACAAUCUCCAAAAUCUAGUUGGACUUAUCCAUCUUCUUUUCUCAGAAAAGCACCAACAAGACAAAAUCGAUCCCAAUUGCCUAAACGACAUCGAUAUCCGUUCUUUCUUCCCACUUAAACAACAAAUUAUCUCCUACUACUAUCACCUCUUAUCAGUAGCCAAAAAAGCAACACUUACACAAACACUCAAACUACUCCUCAUGCGUAUGCUAGAGACAGCUCCCCACCGUGUCGCCUACGACAUUCUAAUCCGAGAAAGCCCGCAGGCCCACGAUAAGUUUGUCUCUCUUAUUCCCCCAGAGAUUCGCCGUGAUAUCAAACAAGUAGUCCGUGAGUACCAUUUAAUUCUAAGACAGGCCCAAGCCGCCAUUCCCAUCACUGCUAGCUUCCCUCCUAAAACACCCGUUCUUACCUCCUCUAUCGAUAAGUUUACUAAAGAUCCAAUUAUUCAACAAGUCCUCCCCAAAUCCAAGCAACUUAAAGGCAUCAACAAGCCGGUCCGAAUCAAAAUUCUAGCUAGCAAUGGUCUUAUCUACCAAGAAAUCCUAAAGCUAAACGACGAGCUCCGCCAGGAUAUUCUAAGCACGCAAGUCUUUCACUACAUGAACACCAUUCUUGAUAACUCCACCGGCACUUCAAUCUUUGGGCCACGUAUUCGUACCUCCUGCACCACCCCCAUAAUCGAGUCACGCAUUCGCACCUAUAACAUCGUUGCCCUCGAACGGUUCUUUGGUGUUCUAGCUUUCAUCCCUAAUGCAGAGCCACUCGGCACCACUAUCGACCAACUACGCAAUCUAUCCACCAAACCAGCACUAACUCAUUCUGAAUGCCGCAAAACCAUGGAAGAUUCACUUAAUCUCCCCCUAUCAGAAAGAACAGCUAUCUUUUUAAAGGUCCUUAAAUUACACCCACCGGUGCUUAAAUACACCUUUGAUGGCCCAGGUCCCUUUGAGUACUUCAAGCAAAGAAAGACCUUCACUCAUUCUUUCUCCAUCAAUGCCAUUGCCACCUAUGUCUUAGGCCUAGGAGAUCGCCAUCCCCAUAAUAUUCUUCUAGAUAAGACCACCAAGGAGUGCAUUAACAUUGAUUUAAAUCUAAUUUUCGACCAAGCCCGACUCCUAUCUACUCCCGAACGUGUCCCUUUCCGGAUGACCCAAAACAUUGAACAAGCCCUUCUAGCCUAUACCACCCAUACACACCAAAACGCCAUGGCCGCUUUCUUCGCCGCUCUCAAAGAAACCAAGGAAAGUUUCCUUGUCUUCAUCAGUAUUAUCCAAGUCGAACCUCUCUACCGCUGGCAAGUCAUCCGUACUAUCUCAAGAACUCCCCGACUCUUCUCUGACUACCAAAGCAUUCUAGCCCGACUCCAAGACAAACUCAACGGUACCGAAGAUGGAUUCACACAAAGCAAUACCGCCCAUAUCCAAGCCCUUAUUCUCAAAGCCACCGAUCCAUCCCGACUAGCCCAAAUCUAUCCCGGCUGGUCACCCUGGAUCUAA